AUGACAAAUGAUCCAUCAGCAUUAAAAUUUGGUUAUACAGAUCCAUUUUCAUUUGGUUUUAGUCAACAUUCAUCAUUAUCAUACAAUGGUUCGUCACAAAGAAAACAAAGACGUGAACGUACAACUUUUUCUCGUGCACAACUUGAUCAACUUGAAACAUUAUUUGAUCGAACACGUUAUCCAGAUAUAUUUAUGAGAGAAGAAGUUGCUAUGAAAAUAAAUUUACCUGAAUCAAGAAUACAAGUUUGGUUUAAAAAUCGUCGAGCAAAAUGUCGUCAACAAGAUAAAGCAACAAAAAAACCUUCAUCAUCAUCAAAUAGUAGUUUACAUGAAAAAAAUAAUAUAUCACCUUGUAAACGUGAAGCUAAAAGUCCAAAUAUCCGUCUUAAUCGUCAUUCAUCACCAUCAAUAAAUGGUGGAACAAGUUCAGAUAAUUCAACAGCAUCAGCAGCUGCAGCUGCAUCUUUAGCUGCAUGGUCAUCACAAGCUGCUGCUUAUCAUCAUAUAUAUCCAGCAUCUUAUAGUCCAAAUCAAGCACUUUUUUAUAGUAAUGAUCCAGCAACAGCAGUAACUAAUCCAGCAAUGUAUGGAACUAGUUAUAGAAAUCAAGAAAUGGAUUUUCUUCAAUCAACAGGAAUGUAUGGACGUACAAGUGAAGAAUUUAUGAACGGAUGGACAAAUGCUCAUCAUCAUCAUCCUCAUCAUCAAAACUUUAAAAUUUUCAAUUAA